GUCAAUGUAGUUCAUCUGUGACUCGAGGAAGCUGGUAAUGAAAGACCCACUGCGAGGAAGCAGAAAAUAUUCAAGAUAACUUGUCGGUAAAGAAGAAGCCAAAAUGUCAUGGACGAAGAGGUUCCUCCUCAGCUGUCUGGUGCUGCUCGGCUCGGAGGCAGUGCCGAUCAGUGUAGACAAAACUAAAGUCAAACUGCCAGAAGACACCACGCAGGCAACCCCGAGCGUGGAUACCGGACUGCAUUAUGACCGCUAUCUCAGGGAAGUUAUUGACUUCCUCGAGAAAGACCAGCAUUUCAGAGAAAAGCUGCACAAUACAGACAUGGAGGACAUAAAGCAAGGGAAGCUGGCCAAAGAACUAGAUUUUGUCAGCCACCAUGUAAGAACAAAGCUGGAUGAAUUAAAAAGGCAAGAAGUUAGUCGGCUGAGGACGCUGAUCAAAGCCAAACAAGACAUUGACGGAGGGAACGGCCAGACUGUAGACCACCAAGCAUUGCUGAAGCAGUUCGAGUAUCUGAACCACAUGAACCCACACACUUUUGAGGUGGAGGAUCUGGACCGACUCAUUAAAUCGGCUACAAGUGAUCUGGAGAACUUUGACAAGGAGCGGCACGAGGAGUUUAAGAGGUACGAGAUGAUGAAGGAACACGAGCGGCGGGAGCACCUGAAGACGCUCGACGAGGACGGCAGGAAAAAGGAAGAGGAGCACUACGAGGAGAUGAGGAAGAAGCAUGCAGAUCACCCAAAAGUCAACCAUCCGGGUAGUCAGGACCAGCUGAAAGAAGUCUGGGAGGAGGCAGACGGUCUCGACCCAGAAGACUUCGACCCCAAAACUUUCUUCAGCCUACAUGAUACAAACGGAGAUGGUUUCUUUGAUGAGCAGGAGCUGGAGGCUCUGUUUACUAAGGAGUUGGAGAAGCUCUACGAUCCAACCAACGAGGAGGACGACAUGGUGGAAAUGGAGGAAGAGAGGCUGCGAAUGAGAGAGCAUGUCAUGAAUGAGGUCGAUGCCAAUAAAGACAGGCUGGUGUCCUUAGAUGAGUUCUUGAUUGCCACAAAAAAAAAGGAGUUUCUUGAACCAGACAGCUGGGAGCAGACGCUGGAGCAGAACCAGGCGUACACCGAGGAGGAGAUGCGCGAGUUUGAGGAGCACCUAGCCAAGCAGGAGGAGGACCUGAGCGAGAAGGCCACCGAGUUGCAGAAACAGCGGGAGGAGCUGGAGAAACAGCAGGAGCAACUUAAUGCGCAGAAAGUGGAGCUCCAACAGGCUGUAGAACACAUGGAGCGCUUAAAAAUCCAGAAUGCUCAACCUCCACCUCAAGUCCACGUGGAAGGAGCUGCUGUUCCAUUCGAGCUCGCGCCAGACCAGGCUCACCCCCCCAACCAACAAUACGCAGUGCCCCUGGCUGAGAAUGACCUUCCCCCCCAGGGUCUAAACCAGGGCCUCUCAGACCAGUCACAUGACCGGCAACCCAUGCCUGCUGGCGACCCCAUCCCAGACCAAGGUGCUCCACAGGUGCCUUAGACAACACAGUGUGAGGGUGUUGGCUGUGAGAACAAAGCUACCACCAGCACACCAAACCAAACUUGAACUGUCCAUACCUCUUCUCCAGUGUCUGGACAAGGGAGAGGACCACUAUCCAAGUUCCGCCUGAUGGUAUUACAGAUUCUCAGAGGCUGUUGCUCUCGCAGUGUUGUACGUUAGAUGCAGAGAUUACUGAAUAAAUUAAAUAAUUCUUUUUGUUUUAUUUUCCCCCCUCAUGUGGUUCAUAAUUUUGCCCAUCUUUUUAAAUUGUGAUGUUUUGCACUUUGUUUCCAAGGAAUACAAAAAGCCACUGUAAAAACACACACAAAAAAAUGUGGUUUCAGAGGUAAAUGUGGUAGUAUUUUGCUAAAUUUCAGGAUGUUUCUUCUGGUCUGUUAACUAGGACUGCCCUGGAAUUCAAACAUGUGGCUUUUCAGCAAGCUAAAUGUGCUGGCUUGCAGGGAGAACCAGGUAUUUCAAUAAACAAUGCAAUUUGUGAGAA